UCGAGUAAAGACGAACUGAGGGCCCACGAAGCCGCGAGUUUUCCAGAAAUUUAGCAGUUUGGAGGGUUAAAAUCCGACCAAAAUGUGUGCAAAUACGAUACAAGUAAUAUUCAUGGAAAAGUAUUUUUGAUCUCCAGGCCUCAAAAGAUACUGUACAUUUGUAAAUACGUUUAACGCAGACACAACAAGUCAAGCUACAGAAGGAAUAUGGAGUUCAACGACGUUCGUUUUGAGUUCAUCUCAGAAUACACCUCAAAAUCUAUGAAACUGAAAGCAGACAAAUGGGCUAAGUUACAAGGAAACGAUGAAUAUAGACAAACUGUUUUGGACUUCUUUGAAAAGCCAGAGCAUAAUAUUCUUGUCAUAUAUCAGAAUAAUGCAGGACAGCUUCAACCAACGUUUGAUUUUCCCUCGGCGAUGAAGACAAAAGCUGUCUAUUUCUCCAAGAAGGAGAAAGGCAUAAAUGUUGGAAAAGAUAAUUACAAGACAGCUUUAACGUACGGAGAUUUGUCUUAUUCGCCCUUGGAACAAUUGUCAGCGCUUGUAGACGAGAUUCUGGUCCCUUUGCUGUCCAAUUCGCGUAAUCAUGAACAGUGGCCUGCAGUUGUAUCUCAAGAUGUCUUACGACAUGUUCAUCAGCUCAAAAGUAAUGUCUUCGUCAUUGCUGGACAAGUGAAAGGAAAGACAUUAUUACCACUUCCAGUAGGCUCAGAGCAGGUCUCUGAUGCUGUGGAAGCUGAAGAUAAGGGUGAACCAUUUGACCGUGGUUUGGUUCACUCUAUUGAAUCAGUAAUCAUUGAAUGGACACAUCAGGUACAGAGUGUUCUUAAAAGAAAUUCAGCUCAGCCCCUGUUAGAAGGUCACAAUCCUGGACCACUGGUAGAACUUGACUUCUGGAGAGCUCGUGCCAAUAACUUGGAGUGCAUCUUCGAACAGCUCCAUGAUGUUAAAGUUCGAAGAAUGGCUGAACUGUUGGAAAAAACUCAAAGCAGCUACUUUCCAGCCUUCAAGAAAAUCUUUAAAGAUGUUGUUGCUGCCCUUGAAGAAGCCAGAGACAUCAACAUUUACUUGAAGCCAUUGCGUCGCCUACUUGAUGACAUGGAGCAGUUUGACUUUUCAGAGUUGGAUAGGAUCAUUCCUGCCAUUCUACACACAGUUGGUCUUAUCUGGGCCAAUUCCAAGUACUACUGUAGAGCUCCAAGAAUGAUUGUUCUUUUGCAAGAGCUCUGCAACAUGCUGAUUGAAAUGGCAAGAACAUACUUGGAUCCUGCAGAAAUCUUCAAAUCAGAAGCAGAAGAAGCUUAUGAGAAAACCCAGAAGGCAAUUGAAAUCUGUUCAUUCUUCAAGGAGACCUUUGAAGAUGUCAGAGGAAACAUCCAAAAAUUCUUUAAGGAGGGGCAAGAAGUUAAACAGUGGGAAUUUGCCAACGAACUAGUGUUUACCAGAAUGGAUCAGUUUAUUUUGAGAUUGAAAACUGUUGAGGAUCUCUUUGCCACCACUAUGGAAUUUUCCAAGCUGGAGAAGGUAGAGUUGGGUGGUAUCAAGGGAAAGAUGCUCAGCCAUCAAGUUGUGGAGAUCUUCUCAGAAUUUAAUGAUAUUUUUGCUGUGUUUGGUAACCGAACUUAUGAUGGCUUAGAUGCAACCAACAGGGAGUUUGUUGAUGACUACAAUGAGUUCAGAGAAAGAAUAGCUGACCUGGAUAGAAGACUUGCUUCCAUUGUGUGCCAAGGAUUUGAUGACUGUGCCAGUACAGAGGCUGCAUUGAAGCUUCUGGACUGUUUUGGUUCUUUGCUCGACCGUCAGCUCAUUCAUGCAGACUUUGAAUACAAGUAUCCCAUCUUGCUGAAGAUGUAUGAAGAAGAACUGGAUGAAGCUAAGAUUAUCUUUGAUCAGCAAAUGAUGACAGUAAAUGAGGAUGGGACACCACCAAUAAACAAGAAUAUGCCUCUUGUUGCUGGAGCCCUCAAAUGGUCACAAGAACUCAGAGAAAGAAUCACUAAACCAAUGCAUGCACUUAAGCUUUCAGUCAAUCAUGGUACUCUAGAGACUGCCGAGGCUAUGGUGAUCUUCAACAAAUUUGAUGAGAUGGCCAAGCUGCUGAACACGUAUGAAGAAAAGGUGUAUGCUGAUUGGACGCAAGAUGUUGGUUCCAUUUCACAAGGGAAUCUGGACAAGCCACUUAUUAUUAGAGAUCCAAAUACCAAGCUUAUCAAAGUGAACUUUGAUCCACAGUUAGUUGCUGUUCUUCGUGAAGUGAGGUAUCUGGAAACUGCGCAAAACGAAACCCUUGAGAGCAUUCCUGAAAGUGCAACAAACAUGUAUUCACGGAAUGAAACAUUCCACAAGUUUUUGUCAAACCUAGACCUGACUGUGGCGUGGUACAACAAAGUCAGAGAAACACUUCUUGAUGUUGAAUUUCCUCUGGUGGAAGGACAGUUACAGGAAAUAGACGGUCAACUGCAACAAGCUGAGACAACUUUGAACUGGAAUAGUGAAGGGGCUUGGGAAUAUAUCGAGAAGACAAGAGAAAUGGUGCAUGACUUGGAGAAACGUGUACAAGCUGCUAAAAACAAUGUGGAGAGUAUGGGUCAGUUGAUGACCAAAUGGUGUGAAGCUCCCUUGUACGAGAGGAAGGAAGGCAAAAAGGAGGGUUUACUCAACAUAGAGGACAGCGAAGCAAACCUUAAUAAACGGUACACUUUGAUCCAGCAAGCAGGAGAGAAAAUCCAUGAGCUGAUGAAGAAUAACCUCGAACUUUUCAAAGCGGAUGCAUCAUCCGACAUUUGGCGAGCGUAUGUGGACUAUCUAGAUGACAUGGUCCUUGACGGCUUUUUUAACUGCAUUCACUGCUCACUGAACUAUCUUCUGGAAAACACAGAUUCUAAACACAAUACAACAGGACUGUUUGAGGCAAAACUUGAACUGCAACAGCCUGAAAUGGUGUUUAUACCAUCACUUGAUUUCGGUGUUUCAGACGGCUUUUAUGAACUUGUGGAAGGAAUUGUUAAUAAUGUGUACAAGUUGGCUUCACUUGUCAAGAGGCUGGCUGAACAUAAUGGCUCAGAACACUACCAGAACGAUGUUGAAGACAUGCUUGACUUGUCCGAGAUGCGCCAAGACCUGAUGGACCGUGUAACAGGCAUCAUGAAUAAGGCGAAUGAAUACCGCAGUUCUUUUGAUGCUUUUGCGUACCUAUGGCUUGACGAUCGGAAUGAAUUUAUGAGACAAUUCUUGCUGUAUAAUCACGUUUUGACAGCUGAGGAGAUUGAAGCCCACGCCGAAGAAGGUGUCCCUGAGAGUCCGCCAACAUUAGGACAAUUUAAAGAACAGAUCGACACAUACGAAAAGCUUUAUGCCGAGGUGGACGAAGUAGAGGGAACAAAGAGCUUUGACACGUGGUUUCGUGUGGACGCCAAGCCUUUUAAACAAGCUCUGUUGAAUAUCAUUAAGAGAUGGAGUUACAUGUUCAAACAACAUCUUAUCGAUCAUGUCACAAACAGCCUAAAUGACUUAGCAGAGUUCAUCAAGGUGGCAGAUGUUGGUCUGACGCAGCCUGUGGAGGAGGGAGAUUACAAUGGUUUAGUGGCUGUCAUGGGACACUUGAUGGCUGUCAAGGACAGGCAGACAGUCACUGAUGAAAUGUUUGAACCACUGAAGCAGACUAUUGAACUCCUUAAGACAUACGGACAAGAAAUGCCCGAGGAAGUACACAUGCAGCUUCAGGAGCUUCCAGAGCAGUGGAACAACUCCAAGAAGAUCGCAGUAACAGUCAAACAGCAAGUGGCGCCUCUGCAGGCGUCUGAGGUCGCCAUCAUCCGAAGGAAAUGUGGACAGUUUGAUAUCAAACAGCAUGAAUUUAGAGAGGACUUCAGGAAAACAGCGCCGUUCCAGUUUGACUCCAAGAAUUACUACGACCGCCUGGAUAAGGCAAACUUCCAGAUCUGUGCUAUGGAGGAGGAAAUGAACGCUCUCUCUGAAUCCGCUGGCCUAUUUGAGGUCAACUUCCCAGACUACAAACAACUUCGUGCUUGCCGUCGUGAAGUGUCACUCCUCAAACAACUUUGGGACAUGAUUGAAGUUGUUCUUAGCAGUAUUGAUGAGUGGAAGUUUACGCUAUGGGCGGAUAUCAACGUGGAAAACAUGGAGAUGGAGUGUAAAAGGUUUGUUAAGGAGAUUCGAAGUCUUGAUAAAGAAAUGCGGGCCUGGGACGCCUUCACAGGACUGGACUCUACUGUCAAGAACAUGGUGACGUCAUUAAGGGCUGUGGGAGAGUUACAGAAUCCGGCCAUCAGGGACCGUCAUUGGCAACAGCUCAUGCAGGCAACCAAAGUCAAAUUCAUCAUGAAUGACGACACAAACUUAGCUGAUCUCUUGGCCCUGAACCUGCAUAACUUUGAAGAUGAAGUCCGUGGAAUUGUCGACAAGGCCUCAAAAGAACUGGGAAUGGAGAAAGUUUUGAAAGAGUUGGAUGUCACGUGGUCACAGAUGAAUUUUGAAUAUGAGAGCCACGUGAGAACUGGUAUUCCGCUGCUGAAAUCAAGCGAAGAACUUAUCGAAACUCUUGAAGAUAAUCAGGUUCAACUUCAAAAUCUCAUCACAUCCAAGUACAUUGGACAUUUCUUGGAGGAAGUCUCCUUGUGGCAGAAGAAGCUGUCCGUGUCAGACUCUGUCAUUUCCAUUUGGUUUGAAGUUCAAAGAACUUGGUCUCACUUGGAGAGUAUUUUCAUCGGAUCUGAGGAUAUUCGUAACCAGCUGCCAGAGGACUCCAAGAGAUUCGACGGAAUUGAUAUUGAUUUUAAGGAACUGAUGAAGGAAGCCGCUGAAAUCCCAAACGUUGUGAAUUGUUGUAACAGAGAGGGACUCUACGAAAAGCUGGAAAACCUACAAGAAAGAUUGUCGCUGUGUGAGAAAGCCCUCGCCGAGUAUCUGGAGACCAAACGGCUUGCUUUCCCACGAUUUUACUUCGUAUCUUCAGCUGACUUAUUGGAUAUUCUUUCCAAGGGCAACCAGCCAAUUGAGGUCAGUCGUCAUUUAUCCAAGCUGUUUGAUAACAUGGCGAAACUGAAGUUUGUCGAUGAUGAAGAUGGUAACCCGACUAAGGAAGCGGUUGGAAUGUACAGUAAGGAAGGAGAAUAUGUGGACUUCGACCAGCCUUGUGACUGUUCUGGACAGGUGGAAGCUUGGUUGAACCGUGUUAUGGACGCUAUGCGCGCCACAGUCCGUCACGAGCUGUCAGAAGCUGUGGUGUCAUAUGAAGAGAAGCCUCGAGAUCAGUGGCUCUUUGACUACCCAGCUCAGGUGGCCCUCUGUGGCACUCAAAUCUGGUGGACCACAGAAGUUGUUCUAGCAUUUGGAAGGCUGGAAGAAGGAUACGAGAAUGCACUGAAGGAUUAUUACAAGAAACAGGUUUCACAACUUACAACAUUGAUCAACAUGUUGAUCGGCGACUUGACAAAAGGCGAUCGUCAGAAAAUUAUGACCAUCUGUACAAUUGAUGUGCACGCCCGAGAUGUGGUGGCCAAGUUAAUUCAUCAGAAGGUGGAGAACGCUCAAGCUUUCUUGUGGCUUAGCCAACUCAGACAUCGCUUUGAUGAUUCAGUCUCUCACUGCUUCGCUAACAUUUGUGAUGCACAGUUCAAGUAUUCCUAUGAAUAUCUUGGAAACACGCCUCGAUUGGUGAUCACACCCUUGACUGACAGAUGUUACAUCACUCUGACCCAGUCGCUUCAUCUAACUAUGAGCGGCGCGCCUGCCGGUCCUGCGGGAACUGGUAAAACCGAGACCACUAAGGAUCUGGGACGAGCUCUUGGAAUCAUGGUGUACGUGUUCAACUGUUCUGAACAGAUGGACUACAAGUCCAUUGGCAACAUUUACAAAGGUUUGGCACAGACAGGAGCCUGGGGCUGUUUUGACGAGUUCAACCGCAUCUCAGUUGAGGUGCUGUCCGUGGUCGCAGUUCAAGUAAAAUCCAUCCAGGACGCUAUCAAAGACAAGAAGAAAAGGUUCAUCUUCCAGGGAGAGGAGAUCGUUUUGGUUCCUACUGUUGGUUUAUUCAUUACCAUGAAUCCUGGAUACGCCGGAAGAACUGAGCUGCCUGAAAAUCUCAAAGCAUUGUUCCGGCCGUGUGCUAUGGUCGUUCCUGACUUUGAACUGAUCUGCGAAAUCAUGUUGGUGGCUGAAGGAUUUGUUGAGGCCCGAGGGUUGGCUCGAAAGUUCAUCACCCUCUACUCACUCUGUAAAGAAUUGUUAUCUAAACAGGACCAUUACGAUUGGGGUCUCCGUGCUAUUAAAUCAGUUUUGGUUGUCGCUGGUUCUCUGAAGCGAAGCGACAGGGAUCGCCCUGAGGAUCAGGUGCUGAUGCGUGCGUUGCGCGACUUCAAUAUCCCCAAGAUUGUCACGGAUGAUGUUCCCGUCUUCAUGGGAUUAAUUGGUGACCUCUUCCCAGCAUUGGAUGUACCAAGAAAGCGCGAUAUGGACUUUGAAGCGUUAGUGAAAAAGUCAGCGCUGGAUCUUAAACUGCAAACAGAAGACAGCUUUAUCCUCAAGAUUGUACAGCUCGAGGAGCUACUAGCAGUAAGGCAUUCUGUGUUUGUUCUCGGUCCAGCGGGUACAGGCAAAACACAGGUUAUUAAAACCCUGAAUAAGACUUACCAAAACCAGAAGAGGAAGCCAAUGCUAUAUGAUAUCAACCCUAAAGCUGUCACUGCAGACGAGUUGUUCGGAUUCAUUAAUCCCGCAACCAGAGAGUGGAAAGACGGUUUGUUUUCGACCAUUAUGCGUGAUUUGGCUUCAAUCAACAAUGACAGUCCUAAAUGGAUCGUACUUGACGGAGACAUUGAUCCUAUGUGGAUCGAGUCUUUGAACACUGUCAUGGACGACAACAAGGUUUUGACUUUAGCCAGUAAUGAGCGUGUUCCUCUCACCCCGUCGAUGAGAUUAUUGUUUGAAAUCGGUCAUUUAAAGACAGCCACUCCUGCUACUGUGUCCCGCGCUGGUAUCCUCUUUCUCAACUACGCUGAUGUUGGAUGGAAUCCAUAUGUCUCCAGCUGGAUUGAUACUCGCGAAGUUCAGUCAGAGAAAGCCAACCUGCAAAUCCUGUUUGACAAGUACGUCCCCAUCUGCCUGGACACACUGCGCGUGCGCUUCAAGAAAAUCACGCCCGUUCCUGACAUCACCAUGGUGACCACAUUAUGCUACCUUCUGGAGUGUCUAUUGAACCCCACCAACACCCCACCCGAUUGCAACAAGGAACUGUACGAAUUGUACUUUGUGUUCGCGGCCGUGUGGGCUUUUGGCGGAGCCAUGUUUCAAGAUCAGCUCGUUGAUUAUCGAGUGGAAUUCUCCAAGUGGUGGGUGACUGAAUUCAAGACCAUCAAGUUUCCCUCUGCUGGUACUGUCUUUGAUUAUUUCAUUGACUCCGAGACCAAGAAAUUCGUGCCAUGGACAGAAAAAGUUCCCAAGUUCGAGCUUGACCCUGAGAUGCCCUUGCAGGCUGUGCUCGUGCAUACUCAGGAAACCAUUCGAGUUCGUUACUUCAUGGAUCUGCUGAUGGAAAACCGCAGACCUAUCAUGCUUGUAGGAAGUGCGGGCACGGGUAAGACCGUGUUAGUCGGCGACAAAUUCGCAGCAAUGGAUCCUGACAACGUGAUGGUUACAAACGUACCGUUCAACUACUACACAACAUCAGCCAUGUUACAGUCCGUUUUGGAAAAGCCACUGGAAAAGAAAGCUGGACGAAAUUAUGGGCCACCGGGAACCAAGAAACUGAUUUACUUUAUCGACGACAUGAACAUGCCUAUGGUGGACACUUAUGGUACAGUACAGCCGCACACCCUCAUCAGACAACAUUUGGACUACAGUCAUUGGUACGACAGAGCAAAGCUGUCUCUUAAGGAAGUUCACAAUUGUCAGUAUGUUGCCUGUAUGAAUCCCACCGCAGGAAGCUUCACCAUCAACCCUCGUCUACAGCGCCACUUUGCAGUGUUCGCAAUCAGUUUCCCGGGACUAGAUGCCCUGAAGACCAUUUACCUAAGCAUCUUGAACGGGCACAUCAGUGCUUUGGGCCUCCCUCAAGCGGUACAGAAGAAUGCUGAGAAACUUGUCGACGCAGCUUUAGCCAUGAACCAGAAGGUCACUUCAACCUUCCUUCCUACGGCUGUAAAAUUCCACUACGUUUUCAACCUGCGAGACUUGUCCAACAUCUUCCAGGGUAUCCUGUUUUCCACAGCUGAAUGUGUCAAGACGCCAAUGGAUCUUGUUAGACUGUGGAUGCACGAGUGUGAUCGAGUUUACAGAGACAAACUAGUGGAAGACAAAGAUAUGGAGAACUAGGACAGAAUUCAGCAAGAUAUCACAAAGAAGACAUUCGAGGAUUUCGAUGAAGAGGCCCUAUACUCCAAGCCAAACAUGUUCUGCCAUUUUGCAAGUGGUAUAGGGGAACCUAAGUACCUCGCAGUACAAGGCUGGGAGUCACUGAAUAAACUGUUAACGGAAGCAUUGGAGAAUUACAAUGAAGUGAACGCGGUUAUGAACCUUGUGCUUUUUGACGACGCUAUGCAGCAUGUUUGUCGUAUCAACCGUAUUCUGGAGUCCCCUCGCGGUAACGCCUUGUUAGUGGGUGUAGGUGGCAGUGGUAAACAGAGUUUGGCUCGUCUUGCCGCGUUUAUCAGUGCUUUAGAAGUGUUCCAAAUUACGCUGAGGAAAGGAUACGGCAUCCCUGACCUCAAGCUCGACUUAGCAAACUUGUGUACCAAGGCAGGACUGAAGAACAUCGGCACUGUAUUUUUAUUGACGGACGCGCAAGUGCCAGAGGAGAACUUCUUGGUGUUAAUUAAUGAUUUGCUGGCGUCUGGGGAGAUUCCGGGUCUUUUUGCGGACGAUGAAGUCGAGAAUAUCAUCUCUGGAGUCAGGAAUGAAGUGAAAGGAGCUGGGCUACAAGACACCAGGGAAAACUGUUGGAUGUUUUUUAUCGAGCGAGUGCGAAGAAAUCUCAAGGUUGUCCUGUGUUUCUCUCCCGUGGGCUCCACCCUGCGUGUAAGGAGUCGUAAGUUCCCGGCUGUAACAAACUGCACAGCUAUUGACUGGUUCCACGAAUGGCCUCAGGAGGCUUUAGUGUCUGUGAGCAAGAGGUUCAUUGAUGACUUAGAGCAGCUUGAGAAUGACGUGAAGCCUUCUGUGGCAGAGUUUAUGUCAUUUGUGCACACCAGCGUGAACCAAGAGAGUCAGUUGUAUUUGGCAAAUGAAAGGCGUUACAACUACACCACCCCAAAGAGCUUCUUGGAACAGGUCGAUCAGUUUUUGGAUUCCCUGAUAAAUUACGACAAGGAGAACAUUCAUGAAAACAACUUGAAGGCCGUACAGCCGUAUCUUGACGAUCCAGAGUUUGAACCUGACUUCAUCCGUAGCAAGUCCAUCGCUGCCGCUGGUAUCUGUGCUUGGGCAAUCAACAUCAUCAGGUUCUAUCACGUGUUUUGUGACGUAGAACCCAAGAGACAGGCCUUAGCCGCUGCUAACGCAGAACUUGCUGCUGCAGAAGAGAAGCUGGCUAAGAUCAAGGCUAAGAUCAACGAACUGGAUGAAAACCUGGCUGAACUGACGGCUUCAUUUGAGCGGGCCACUGCCGAGAAACUGAAGUGCCAGCAAGAAGCCGAACAGACGGCAAUGACAAUCGAACUGGCCAAUCGAUUAGUUGGAGGCCUGGCUUCGGAAAAUGUCCGUUGGGCCGAAUCAGUGGCGAACUUCAAGGAGCAGGAGAAGACUUUACCCGGUGAUGUGCUGCUUACCACUGCAUUCGUAUCAUACGUCGGCUGCUUCACACGGAAAUACCGAGACAACCUCAUGCACGAGAAGUGGCUACCAUUCCUCAAAGGACAGUCGGUUCCAAUCAAGAUCACUGAAAACCUCGAUCCUCUCACCUUGUUGACUGACAACGCAACGAUCGCACAGUGGAAUAACGAGAAUCUACCAAGCGACCGCAUGAGUACUGAGAACGCAACCAUCCUGACAAACUGCGAAAGAUGGCCGCUAAUGAUUGAUCCACAACUACAGGGAGUGAAGUGGAUCAAAACAAGAGAAGGAGAGGAACUCAGAGUCGUCAGACUGGGACAGAAAGGGUAUCUGGAUUCCAUCGAGCGUGCCGUGUCCAACGGUGACUGUGUACUAAUUGAAAAUCUUGGUGAAAACAUGGAUCCAGUGUUGGAUGCACUUGUUGGACGAAACACCAUCAAGAAAGGAAGAUACAUCAAGAUGGGUGAUAAGGAAGUCGAGUAUCAUCCAGACUUCCGUCUCAUCCUCCACACUAAACUAGCUAAUCCACAUUACAAGCCCGAGAUGCAGGCCCAGACCACUCUGAUUAACUUCACGGUCACUCGUGAAGGCCUGGAGGACCAGCUGCUAGCCGAUGUUGUUCGCAAAGAAAGGCCUGAUCUCGAGGAAACGAAGGCCAACCUGACGCAGCAAAUGAACCAAUUUACCAUCAAAAUCAAAGAACUUGAAGACUCCCUUCUGGCUCGCCUGUCCGCUGCUGGAGGAAACUUCCUUGGAGAUUACGCUCUGGUGGAGAACCUCGAGACAACCAAACGAACAGCAGCAGAAAUCGAAGUCAAAGUAGCGGAAGGAAAAAACACUGAGAUAAAAAUCAACGAAGCCCGUGAACAGUACAGACCAGCAGCUGCUCGAUCAUCACUGUUGUACUUCAUAUUGAAUGACCUGAAUAAGAUCAAUCCCAUCUACCAGUUUUCUCUUAAGGCAUUCAAUGUGGUGUUUCAGAAGGCCAUUGACAGAGCUGAACCUGCAGAAGAAGUGAAGAUCAGAGUGAACAACUUGAUCGAUUGCAUCACAUUCUCAGUCUUUAUCUACACCACUCGGGGAUUGUUUGAAAAAGACAAACUGAUCUUCACAUCUCAAGUGGCAUUCCAGAUUCUACUGAUGAAAAAUGAGAUUGUGCCCCAUGAGUUAGAAUUCCUUCUACGGUUCCCAGCAGUUAUGAACGUUACAAGUCCAGUAGAUUUUCUCAACAACCUGUGUUGGGGAGGAAUUAAGGCCCUUGGUAAUAUGGAAGAAUUCCGUAACCUGGAUCGCGACAUUGAAGGCUCGGCUAAGAGAUGGAAGAAGUUUGUGGAGAGCGAGUGUCCGGAAAAGGAAAAAUUCCCUCAAGAAUGGAAAAACAAGACUUCGUUACAGAAACUUUGCAUGAUGAGAGCUCUAAGGCCGGACAGAAUGACAUAUGCCGUUAGCGGCUUUGUGGAAGAAAAGAUGGGUGCGAAAUACGUGGAAAAUCGUCAAGUGGAGUUCGCCAAGUCUUACGAAGAGAGCGGACCUGGGACCCCGAUCUUCUUCAUCUUGUCUCCUGGUGUCGAUCCCUUGAAGGAUGUGGAAGCACUGGGCAAGAAGCUCGGCUUCACGUUUGACAACAAAAACUUCCAUAACGUAUCACUUGGUCAGGGUCAAGAAAUCGUUGCGGAGCAGAGUUUGGACCUAGCCGCCAAGGAAGGUCAUUGGGUUAUCCUUCAGAAUAUACAUCUUGUAAAGAAAUGGCUACCAACUCUGGAAAAGAAGCUGGAGGCAUAUAGUGAGGGAAGUCAUGAGAACUAUCGAGUGUACAUCUCAGCUGAGCCGGCUGGUUCGCCUGAUUCUCACAUCAUACCGCAAGGAAUUCUGGAAUCCUCCAUCAAAAUAACCAAUGAACCACCCACUGGAAUGAUGGCCAAUUUACAUCAGGCUUUAGACAACUUUAACCAGGACACACUGGAGAUGUGCGCCCGUGAGAAUGAAUUCAAGAGUAUUCUGUUCGCAUUAUGUUAUUUCCACGCAUGUGUAGCAGAGCGCCGUAAGUUUGGCCCACAAGGAUGGAACAGGUCGUAUCCCUUCAAUACUGGAGACUUGACUAUCAGUGUAAAUGUGCUGUACAAUUAUCUCGAGGCUAAUGCUAAGGUACCUUGGACCGAUCUGCGUUAUCUAUUUGGUGAAAUUAUGUACGGCGGUCAUAUCACAGAUGACUGGGACAGGAGACUCUGUAGAACUUACUUGGAGGAGUACAUGAAACCAGAUAUGCUUGAAGGUGAGAUGAACCUUGCUCCAGGAUUUCCCAUCCCUCCUAACUCAGACUACAAGACGUACCAUACUUACAUUGACGAGGUGUUACCUCCAGAGAGCCCCUACCUGUACGGUUUGCACCCUAAUGCUGAGAUCGGCUUCCUGACUCAAACUUCCGACAACUUGUUCCGUACCGUGCUGGAGAUGCAGCCUAGGGAUGCUGGCGCAGGAGGAGGUGGAGGACAGACUCGGGAAGAAAAGGUUAAACAAGUUUUGGACGAAGUGUUGGAGAAGUUGCCGGACGAGUUUAACGUGCCGGAAAUGAUGGCUCGUGUUGAAGAUCGCACACCUUACACUGUAGUUGCCUUCCAAGAAUGUGAACGAAUGAAUAUCCUGACAAGCGAGAUCAAACGUUCGCUCAAAGAACUAGAUUUGGGUCUCAAAGGUGAGCUGACCAUCACCGCUGACAUGGAAGAACUUGGCAAUGCUCUCUUCCUGGAUGACGUCCCGGAAUCCUGGACGCGCCGUGCUUAUCCAUCCAUGUCAGGCCUGGCUGCUUGGUUUGUGGACCUGCUGUUGCGAAUUAAAGAGCUAGAAAGCUGGACAUCGGACUUCUGUCUUCCAAAUGUUGUUUGGUUGUCCGGUUUCUUCAAUCCUCAGUCUUUUCUGACAGCCAUCGAGCAGUCCAUGGCGCGAAAGAACGAGUGGCCUUUGGACAAGAUGGCACUCCAGGUGGAUGUCACGAAGAAAAACAAAGAAGAUUUCAACAGUCCGCCCAGAGAAGGGGCUUACGUACACGGUCUGUUUAUGGAGGGCGCCCGGUGGGACACACAAACUGGCAUGAUCGCAGAAUCGAGACUGAAAGAGCUGACGCCUGGUAUGCCUGUGAUGUUCAUCCGGGCCAUUCCAGUCGAUAAACAAGAAACUAAGAACGUAUAUGAGUGUCCUGUGUACAAGACGCGACAACGAGGCCCGACGUACGUGUGGAACUUUUUCUUGAAGACCAAGGAAUCUCCUGCUAAAUGGACACUAGCAGGGGUUGCUUUGUUGCUGAGCGCGUGAACAAGUGUGUUUAAUUCAAAGUACUUGAAGAUUUUAAGCGUUAGCCCAUUGAUUAGAUGCUUUUUUCUACUCAGACUUCAGAUUUGAUCGUAGUUGACCCUGUUUUAUAUUAUGUGGAGGAUGUACGUACCAUAUUACUUCCCUAUAAUGCUUUGUUUCUUUCUGUUUAAGCUUUUUCCUUUUGUUUCUUAUUCAUUUUUUUCUCUCUCUCUCUUUUUCUUAUCAUUGCACUGUGGCGAUAGGAAACUGUUCAGUUCUUUAUUAAAAGUAGCCAUUACCCCUUACGCGACACAAAAUUUGAAGACAUUUUUUGCCAGUGAGUUUCUUAAUUUUCUUAAUCUAGUGUUCUGUAUCGUUUUUCUAACUUCUUCGCAAAUAAACUUACUUCACUCUCUUUUGUUUUCUUCCUUUAACUGAUUUUUAACAGUACAAUCGUUUUAGCAAAACAACUUUUUUUGUAUUCAUGCAUAAUUUGUCAGAUAUUUUCACAAAAUUGAGUGUAAGAUUUAAAGCCAUUAUCAUUAUGCUGUAUUAAGUGUUAUUACAUCUGUCACCUUGAUUUUUGAGGCACUUUCAAAGUGUGAAUCUAUUUAUGUGUUAGAAUUGUUUGUGGAAUAAAAAAGUCAUACUGAAAAUUUA